AUGACCGAACUUGCAGACAUGUUCACCACAGCAACUCAGAACAAAUCAAUCAAGGCGUUGUUGUCAAGUAGACCGCUCACAGCAUUCAUCGACUGUUUUACGGAUCGACCCCAGCUCGAACUACAGCACCUCACGCACAAUGACAUCACCGCAUACGUGAGCGAUCGACUACUUAGACAUCCACAGAUUGCCAGCCGAUUAGUCAUAACGGAUGAGGAGCUUGACAGCUUUGUGGGAGAGAUCGAAGAUUCCGCCUCGGGCGUCUUCUUAUGGGAUAGGCUGGUUGUGAGCUCUCUACUCGACGGAAUCCAGGAUGGUGACCGCAUUGACGACUUGCAGAGAUCCUUACGAGCGUUACCUCAUGACCUCGAGGACCUUUUCACACACAUGUUGAAGCGCGUUCCUGCUAAAUACAGAGCACAAGCAGCAUGCAUAUUUCAAAUCCUGCGAUGCAACAACCAGGGCGUGGAAUUCUCGAUUCAUCACGGCGGCCACGAGCCAUUGUCCGCUUGCCGGCUUCAUUAUGCGGAAAUAAGUGUGGAUGAGAUCUUGGCAGCCGAUAUAGCGGACUUCUCGGAUGCGCACCUUCGAAAAAUCGAAGAGCAUAUAGGGCGUCGUCUCCGCAGCCAUUGCGCCGGUCUACUAGAACUCUGGCCUCGCACCAAGUCCUCCAAGCACGGUGAUAGGGAGGAACCUCUCAGAGAACAGCAGGAUGUCAGCUAUCUACACAGAUGCGUCGCCGACUUUCUGUCAAAAACUGACGUCUGGGAAGAGAUCACAAGCCAUGUCACUGUACCGCCGUCUCAGGUGUCUCAAGCUGUGCUCCAAUCGUUUGUCAUGACUGCGAAGACAGAGAGGGAUCAAGACACAUACUCAAUGAAAAGAUUGCGGAAACUUGUAUCCAAUGGCAUACUCUUUGCGCAGCUCACGGAAGCAAAAACCGGAUCAGGAUCAACUAAAAUACUCAAUGAGCUCGAUAAAGCAAUGUCGAUUCGGUUUCAAGGGUCUCGAACGUACCUAUGGUACACGAUGAGUGGCAAGAGGAAAUUAGCAAACUGGAAUGACACCUACAAGGACUACAAAUCCCGACCUGCAGCCUGGCAGUCGCACCCCAACUUUAUGUCGCUUACGGUCAGACAUGGUCUGACUCUAUAUGUGGAGAAGACAAUCCGUGCAAGAGGGAAAAAUUGUUUAAAGAAACAAGGUCGAACUCUCCUAGACUACGCCUGCAGACCUGUGCCACAUGAAGGGCGCUGGUCUGAAUUUAUUCAGCCCGGACUCGUAGGGCCCCUGUUACCGGUAAAAAAAGGCGCGGACCCGAACAAACAAUUCGACGGAUUAAGCGCUUGGCAGCAUUCUCUCUACCUACGAGGCCAUCCCUGACCCUCUCAAACGGAUCGCUGUACUACAGCACCUGGCUCUGCAUGGAGCCGAUGUAAAUGCAGGAGGUCGUCGCCCUGAACGCAAAUGACGAGGUGCCGAUCAAGUUUAUGUAUCGAACAAGAAAUCCGAAGAUCGCGCGCAACCCGGGCAGUCACAUCACCCAGCGGAUCCUACAAUACUCUCACUGGAAAUUGAAUAGAAUUUGUUGCAAUUCAAACGUAGCUGGUUAGCGCUGGAGAAACUCUUGGUCGAGAAAGGGGCGAAAGAUAAGAUGUGGG